AUGAUGAUUGUCAAGCAGAAAAUGGCCACUCUGGUGGUGACUGGUCUCAUGGCGGUGAAUGUGGCCACGGCGUGGCUCUCCAGGAGCAGUCCAACUGUCAUUGGUGGUUCUUUGCGUCCAAAGACGACAGCCUUGUUCUACAGAGAUUUGCCGGAAGAGGCAGAAGAACCCAUUCUACCCGUAUCGAUUCGCCGUCGUGCUUCGUUGGAAGGCGUCUCCCUGGCACCGACUGGAUUCUGGGUCAUGCUCCGCAUUGCCCAAGAUGGCUAUCUACCAUGGCAAGUGACCGAUGACCCUCAAGAUGCCUACGCGGCCACUUCGGCCGAAGCCUUGACCAUGAUUCAAUUGCUCAGUGGGGUCGACAUGGCCGGUGCCAUUUUGCCACCCGAUGUCUUGGCCAAAUUGGUCAUUCAUCAUUGCGAAUCCCUCGUCGCGCAGCAGCAAAGUCCCAUGUUUUUUGCCAAGCAAGUGGCCAUCGCCAAGGAUAUUUUGGACUAUGUCCAAGAGACACUGCCCAAUUCCACCGUGGCAUUUUCGCAAGUCCAUCAAUGGACACAGUCGCGUGUACAGCUCCCCGAGGCCACAUUGGAUGAAGUCUUGGUCACGGACAACACCCAAGCACCCUUUGCAUUGACGUGUACUCUUCGUGAUUUUGGCAGUUUGACCUUUACGCCCAGUUUGCAAAGUUUGCAAGCCGUAUUGUACCAAUUCAGUCCCCAAACGUCCUUGGCAUUUACGGCAUUGGCAUUGGCUCUCCGCUAUCGAGCACCCAUUACGGUUCAGUCAAAAGAAAAAUUGCCACUCACAUUGCAAGGCAUUCAACAAAAAUUCCCCAUGUACGCGGCCAAAUCGACCUUGCAACAGUCGUCCAACCGAGUCCAACAAAACAUUGUUCGAGGCUUUGAGAUUCACAAACUCUCUGGGGCCUUGAAAAUUGCACUGGAAAAGGGAGAUCAUGCCGCCGCGGCUAAAAUUCGAAAAGCAUUGGACGAAUACGAUUCCAUGGAUGAAUUGCCCACGGCGGAACUACAAGAAGAUGGAUUGGUGGAACAACCACAAGAUCUCAAUGAUGAUGGCCUGCAGCAAAACAACAUGACCAUGAGUGUGUUUCAAUAA